GAUGUGUUGGAGAGAGACAGCUCAGCAGAGAGUCUCUUUCCAGAAUAUGUAAUGACCGAGUGGACUUCCUCCACCUUUGAGGAGCUGUUUGUGGCAGAGGAUUGGCUGGACAUCGCAGGUGAGGAUGCAUCCUUGAACUGUGUAGAGACGCACUUAAGACUUGUUUUUAGUAGGUAAGCUUGCAUAGUAACUAGUGCUUCUUAUUUAAUUUAAUCUAACCUUUAUAUUUGAUCUUGGAUUAAAACAACAAAAGAAGUAAAAUGCCCCAAAUACUUGGCAUGUUUGUGGCCGUUUCUGUGCAUUUGUGCACAAACAUACAUCUUAACCCUGCUUCCUCCUGCAUGACCUUCACUUAUUUCUUCACGCAGAGGACCAGCUGUUGAGAAAGAAGGUGGUGGAGUUUGGGGCCCCGCACACCCUGAGCCCCACCUGGGGCCAAGCGGUCACUGUGAAGAUGCAAUGUGUCCUGGAGGACCGCACUGUGGUGGAGAAGGACUGCAAGCUGGUCUUUGUUAUUGGAGAGGGAGAUGUAAACCAGGCCCUGGAGGAGUGCGUCAUGUCCAUGCAGAAGGGUGAGAUCACAUUACUCCUGGCAGAUUCACUGUAUGCCUAUGGACUUCUGGGAAGGGAGCCUGAUAUUCCAGCCUGGGCUCCUUUACUCUACCAGCUCCAACUGCUGGACGUCAGAGAGAAACCGGACCCGUUAACUCUGCCCAUCGCAGACUGCAUCCGCAUCGGCAACCAGAAACGAGAGCGAGGAAACUUUCAUUUCCAGAGGGAAGAAUACAGCAUGGCUGUCAGAGCCUAUUCUAUGGCUCUGGAUGUGCUAACCACACGCAGAGAUGGUGGCGACUGUGGUGUGAAGGCUGAGGAGGAGGAGGAGGUGCGGGACUACAGGGUGAAGUGUUUGAACAACCUGGCCGCCGCCCAGCUCAAACUGGAGCGGUACGACGAGGCGCUGCACACCAGCCGGGACGUUCUGACCCUCGAGCCAAACAACGUCAAGUCCCUUUUCAGGAUGGGAAAGCUCCAGUCAGAUAUGGGUGAAUACAAAGAGGCAAUGGAGGUGCUAAAAAGGGCCUUGAAACUGGAGCCGUCCACCAAGGCGAUCCACGUGGAGUUAUCUAAACUCGUCAAAAGGCAAUCAGGAGGCGAAGAUAUUCAGGAAUGGAAAGCUAAACCAGCGGACAUGCUUGGAGAGAAUAUCGCACCUUUUCUGAUUCCUUCGAAGAAGAAAUCAUCUGGAAUUUCCUGGAAGUUUAUACUUGGAGCGCUGGUUGUGGCCUUGAGCAGCUUAGUGACGUCAAUGAUCCUGACGGCAAGAAACUGAAGUCCUCUGCAGGAAGCGCUUUGAAAAAUCCUCCUCCUCCUGUGCAGAGUUUGGUCUCAAGUCCUCUUAAUUAAUUUGUAAUGAGGUUUCUACUGUGAAGACAUGAGAAGGUAUGCAACACAGCAGCCUGAAGUUGUAUUUAUGGUAGAAAAAAAGUUUCACCGAAAAGGUGUACAGUAUUUAUGAAAAUUAGGAUAGUACAGCAUCAAGUAAAUACCAGAAGAAAUCUCAUUUUUCCAGAUGUGUUUUAUUUGGAAAAGGGCUAAAAAAAUAAAUUAAAAAGGUUCCUGGAACCAAAAGAAGUUUGGUUACGUAAAGAACGCAAUCAAACUGCAAAAAGUAAACAAAUAACACUUUCAACAUUACAAUUAUAUAUUUGAUCAGUGCUCCAUUAAUUGAAAGCUUUGAAACUGUGAUGUAUUAUUAAAUUACACUGAUAC